CGGAGAUGGCCAGUCGAUUCUGUUCUGUAGGAGACAGCGUCGCCGAUCUUCGUCAUUAGGGCACUAUGGUCUGGGAAUGCUUUUGGCAGCUUCCAGCGGCAUUUCUCAUUAUGGCACCGCCUCGAGUACCUCUCGCAGACAACAGUGUGUGUUCCUCUGCAAGCGGUGUUAGCCUCUGGGCGAGCAGCUUCCGCAACCUUACGGGCCACUGGAUUACCAAGGCGGCUCUCACCCGCAAAAGAAGACGAGAUAUCAGCGAGCUGCGGUUUGUGCAAAGGCCGCCGCGUUACGGCAUCGACAUUUCCAGUCAAAACUGUGGUGACGUCGAAAAGCUGACGACAGUUUUCACUGUUGUAGAACCACCUGCCCGUGUUGGUGCCGACUACAAAUUCUUUCCAAAUGUUGGAUACUACAAGCUGCACACUGACAAAAGGAACUGGGAAAAUGCUCGGAGAACGUGCGCAAAGGAAGGAGCGCACCUCGCCAUUGUGAACUCUGAAGCGGAAGAAAAUGCUAUACGGGAAGUCAUGAGAGCUCACUCGACAGAAACAUUCGUUGCUUUCAUCGGUUUCCACGACAUGUUCAAGGAAGGAGAGUACCUCACGGUCUUGGGUCAACCUUUGAUAUCGAGUGGCCACGUAAACUGGAAGAAAGGUGAGCCUGAUAACUUAAAGUUACCCGAUUCUACAGGAGGCCAGGACUGUGGGGCUAUUUUCAACGACGGAACCAUCAGCGACGUCAGGUGCAACAUAAAGAGGCUAUUUCUGUGCGAGCAGAGUCUCUAG